GCCGUGGCCGCCAUCUUUGUUGAUGUGUCAGCUCCGCGGGGGUUUGGGGAAGCCUCGGCGGAGAGGGCGCGGCGUCGGCCCUGUUCCCUACCGCUGUGCCCGCAUCUCCUGUUCUGCCGCACCUCGCUAUGGAGAAGUUGGUCCCUGAGCCGAAGCCCCAGCGGCCUCGCUAGGGGUGCGGCCCGAGGCUCGGAGAAGUGGAUGUAAAACGAAGAUCAGGAACAGAUUGGAAGAAAUGCAGAGUGAAUUGGUGCCAUUCAGCAUGUCAGAGACAGUGCACAUAGACUCCAUUUCCUCAGAUAAAAAUAUUGGGAAGACAUCUGAAUUAAAGGAAGAUUCAUGCAACUCAUUUUCUGUUGAUGAAAGCAGUAGCUUAGACAAUGAAUCUAAACUGUUGUCAUUAAACUUUGAUAAAACUUUAUGUCAUCCUAAUGAACACAGUAGUCAAACCGAAGCACAGGAAAAUUAUGUUCCAGAUCAUGGUGGAGGAGAGGAUUCCUGUGCUAAAGCAGACAUAUGCCCAGAAAAUUCUGAACAAAUAGCUAAUUUUCCUGGUGGAGAUUUUACGAAGCAAGUUUUGAAAACAAAUGAAACAGAACAGACAGUAACUCAAAUAUUGGCGGAAUUGAGGUCAUCUACAUUUACAGAAGCAGCUAGUCAAAAGAUGUAUUCUGAGAGUCCCUAUGAUACAGACUGCACCAAGAAACUUAUUUCAAAAAUAAAGAAUGUUUCAGCAUCAGAGGAUUUGUUGGAAGAAAUAGAAUCUGAGCUCUUAUCGACGGAUUUUGCAGAACACCGAGUACCAAAUGGAAUGAAUAAGGGAGAACAUGCAUUAAUUAUGUUUGAAAAGUGUGUGCAAGAUAAGUAUUUGCAGCAGGAACACACCAUAAGGAAGUUAAUUAAAGAAAAUAAAAAGCAUCAGGAGCUCAUCUUAGACAUUUGUUCAGAAAAAGACAAUUUAAGAGAAGAACUAAAAAAAAGAACAGAAACGGAAAAGCAGCAUAUGAACACAAUUAAACAGUUAGAAUCAAGAAUAGAGGAACUUAAUAAAGAAGUUAAAGCUUCCAAAGAUACACUAAUAGCUCAAGACACUGCAGCAAAAAAUGCAAUUCAGCAAUUACACAAAGAGGUGGCCCAUCGGAUGGAACAGGCCAACAAGAAAUGUGAAGAGGCUCGCCAAGAAAAAGAAGCAAUGGUAAUGAAGUAUGUAAGAGGUGAGAAGGAAUCUUUAGACCUUCGAAAGGAGAAAGAGAUACUUGAGAGAAAACUUAGAGAUGCAAAUAAAGAAUCUGAGAAAAACACUAACAAAAUUAAGCAGCUUUCUCAGGAGAAAGGACGAUUGCACCAGCUCUACGAAACAAAGGAAGGUGAAACUUCUAGACUCAUCAAAGAAAUAGACAAAUUAAAGGAAGAUAUCAGCUCUCACAUCAUUAAAGUAAAAUGGGCACAAAACAAAUUAAAAGCAGAAAUGGAUUCACACAAGGAAACCAAAGAUAAACUCAAAGAGACAACAACAAAGUUAACUCAAGCAAAGGAAGAAGCAGACCAGAUACGAAAAAAUUGUCAGGAUAUGAUAAAAACAUACCAGGAGUCAGAAGAAAUUAAAUCAAAUGAGCUUGAUGCCAAGCUUAGAGUCACUAAAGGAGAACUUGAAAAACAAAUGCAAGAAAAAUCUGACCAGCUAGAAAUGCAUCAUGCCAAAAUAAAGGAACUAGAAGAUCUGAAGAGGACAUUUAAGGAGGGCAUGGAUGAGCUACGAACCCUGAGGACAAAGGUGAAAUGUCUAGAAGAUGAGCGAUUAAGAACAGAAGAUGAAUUAUCAAAAUAUAAGGAAAUUAUUAAUCGCCAAAAAGCUGAAAUUCAGAAUUUAUUGGACAAAGUGAAAAUCGUGGAUCAGAUACAGGAGCAGCAUCAAAGAGGUAAACAAGAAAUUGAAAAUUUGAAAGAAGAUGUGGAAAGUCUUAAUUCUUUGAUUAAUGACCUACAAAAAGACAUCGAAGGCAGUAGGAAAAGAGAAUCUGAGCUACUACUAUUUACAGAAAAGCUCACUAGUAAGAAUGCACAACUCCAGUCUGAAUCCAAUUCUUUACAGUCACAAUUUGAUAAACUUUCCUGUAGCGAAAGUCAGUUACAAAGCCAAUGUGAGCAAAUGAAACAGACAAAUAUUAAUUUGGAAAGUAGAUUGUUGAAAGAGGAAGAAUUGAGAAAAGAGGAAGUCCAGACUCUGCAAGCUGAGCUCACCUGUAAACAAACAGAAGUUAAAGCACUGAGUACCCAGGUCGAAGAAUUGAAAGAUGAAUUAGUAACUCAAAGACGUAAGCAUGCCUCUAGUGUCAAGGAUCUUACCAAGCAACUUCAGCAAGCACGAAGAAAAUUAGAUCAGGUUGAGAACGGAAGCUACGAUAAAGAAGUCAGCAGCAUGGGAAGUCGUUCUAGUUCAUCAGGGUCCAUUAAUGCUCGAAGCAGUGCAGAAGAUCGAUCUCCAGAAAAUACUGGGUCGUCGGGAGCCGUGGAUAACUUUCCAGAAGUAGACAAGGCCAUGUUGAUUGAGAGAAUAGUGAGGCUGCAGAAAGCACAUGCCCGGAAAAAUGAAAAGAUAGAAUUUAUGGAGGAUCACAUCAAACAAUUGGUGGAAGAAAUUAGGAAAAAAACAAAAAUAAUUCAGAGUUACAUUUUACGGGAAGAAUCGGGCACACUUUCUUCAGAGGCAUCUGAUUUUAAUAAAGUCCAUUUAAGUAGACGGGGUGGCAUCAUGGCAUCUCUAUAUACAUCCCAUCCGGCUGAUAGUGGAUUGACAUUGGAACUCUCUUUGGAGAUCAACCGAAAAUUACAGGCUGUUUUGGAGGAUACAUUACUAAAAAAUAUUACUUUGAAGGAAAAUCUACAAACACUUGGAACAGAAAUAGAACGUCUUAUUAAACACCAGCAUGAACUAGAACAGAGGAUGAAGAAAACCUAGCACGAAACUGUUGAUCAGCAGAGAGACAAAAACCACACAAGGAGCAGGUGCCACUGCCCAGUAUUUUUGGAAGUGUUUCUUUGCUUUGUGUGUCAGCCAGUAAAAAAUUUGUUUUGUUUCAUCUGUAUAAAAAAUAUCCUUUUACAAUAGGAGUGCAUUGCUAUGUAUACUUUGAGUGUAAACUUAAUGAAAUUUGUUUUUGUAUAGUGACAGCCUGUCAUUGAACCAAAACAACCUAAUUUAAUUCGCUGAUAGUCAAAUGAAGUGCUUAACAUUACAAGGGCUUUUGAACACUCCUUCUCCGUAUUUCUUCCCUUUAAAUUACAUGUCAAAAUUGAUUCUGUCUUUUAAAAAUUAUGUGUGAAAGGACCAGGUAUUCAUUCAGUAAUAUGCUGUUUUUCCAACUUAAAACUAAAGACGUAAUAAAAGUUUUUGUUUUGACACUCCAGUAAAACAUUUGGUUGUGUUUUAAGGGGAUGACAAUGAUUCUUAAAUCUUUUAAUUUUAAUGCAGACUGAUAGGAAAGAUAGCUUGUGGUAACUAGCAUUGAUCAGGCAUUGUAUGCUCCUAUCGGGUUUUCUUAAGUGUGUUAGGUACAUUUUGUUCAGAUUCAAAGUAUUUGAGUUUAUAGUUGAGUUUUUAAAUCCUCAGUUGCAUAAAAUACGACUUUAAAUAACAUGCUUAUUUAGAAAUUUUCUGUGGACUUCAGUUAUAUUUUAAAAUGUGAAAUAGAUUAGUUAUUAAAACAGAUGAAUAAUGAAUUCUUUGAAACUGAAACACUUAAGUUUUAUUAACAUCAAAUGUGAAGAUAAAUGUUUAAGAUAUUUAUGAAGAACCAGUUCCCAAGAGAAUGUGAUAUAUGGCACUGUUAACCAUUUCAUUUGAGCUCCCAUUUGUUACUGUUGAUACAUGUUAUAGUGGAGUGAACUUAGAGUCCCCAAAUAUGAUGUUUCAGUAUAUUUAUUUAAAACACAAAAUUUUAAUCUGUAACCAAAGGAAUUUUAGAGCCAAAUUUAUGUAUCCUAUUGGUUUUUUCCAAUAUUUAAGAUGUAUACUUAAAUGUUGCUAUAAUGUCAAUAUUUCUUUGUCAUUGAAUUUUUUCUCACUUAUAAUUUCCCACCUGUUAAAAUUUCUGUGUGUGGUUUUCAAAUUUCAUUUUUUUUUUAGGUCAUAUCUAGGAUUGGAUACCUUGGCUCAUACGCAGAUAGAUAUUGCAGCAAGUCUCAUUUUCAUUUUGGAUUUUUGAAUCCUUUUUUCUUCCCUUAAGUAAGCUUUGGGAUAAUGAGUUAAAAGCCUUUAAAGAAUUGUGUAGCUCUCAAAGUUGGGCUCAUGGUGGCAAUACCCCUUUAAUGUGUCUUAACAUUUUUUUUUAUCAUCGUUUCGAAAGAUCAUUUACUAAGGAUUAGAUGAUUCAGUGUAGUAUCUUAUUUUUUCUGUAUAUUGAGUUAUAUAUUGUCAUCCUAAACCAAAAUUUUUUUACUUCAAAAUGGAAACAAAUAUGUUUAAAAACAUUUUAUUUUUAAAAUAGCUGUAAAAAGUACUAGUCUUACCAUAAGGUGUCUUGUCCUUUUUACCAAUAGUGAUUUAUCAAAAUAAAGGAAAAAAGGGUAAGUGCAAUCAAUCUGAAUUAUUUUCCCAUUUGUUUUUAGUCAUACUCUUGAUACUGCUAAAGACUAGAGUAGCCAAGAUACCUAAAUUUUUAUGGCUUCUUUUGUGAUACAGAUUCAUACACUACAAUAUUUGUUGUUUUUUUCUUUUAGAACACAAACGUGUUAGUGGAGACAAAUAGUGAUCAGUUCCAUAGUGUCCAAUGUCUAUACACUUUUAAAAAAUAUAUACGUUUAUUAUAUACAAAAUUGAAACAUUCCAAUAUUGACAUUUGUGCCACCAUUCAUUUGGAGAAACUUAAUUGUGAAACAAUUUUCAGAAGAAAGCUAUUAUAAAUCAUAUUUCAACUUAUUACUCCCUCCCAAAUGUAAGAAACUAUGGAAAACUUUUGAAGAAAAUGCUUUAUUUUCAUUUUGUUCUUUAGUUUCUACUACAUCCUUUCUUAUAUGGAUCAAGUCUGAGCAAAAUACUGUACAAAAAAUGUACAUAUAUCAGAUCUCUUAUCCCUAUACUGAUUCACAAACAGCUCCUGAUGGAAGGAUUUAGAGGGUCUUAAGAGAAGAAUGGGGUGUCAGGAAAAGGAAAAUGGUCUGGAUAAACCCAAAAUCCGGGGGAAAUUUAUUAUGAAUUAUACAAAUCAAAGGUUGUUUUGGUUAGUUAGCACUAUUUUGGUUUCUUUGAGCAGGAAAUUAUUUUGUGUGUGUGUAUAUAUGUUAUACACUUCACAGGAUUUCAAUUUUAAGUGAAUACCUACUGUGACUCCCUUUUUUCCCAUACCACUUUAACCUGUUACGUUUUAACUGAAAAUAGUGGGUUUGGGCAGAAUAAUGAAUUUGAACUUUGGUAUUUUCUUUUUAACUUUCUAUCUUCAUAAUCGUUUAAAGCAAUUUAUCUUUAAAUUAAAUUUUAUCAGGCUACCAGUAUGUUAUUUAUUCUUUUAAUAAACACAUUUGUUGAAAACCAACCAUUGCCAGGCACCUUUCUGGGUAUUGUGAUUAUAUUGGUGAGCAGGCCAGACAGCAGUUUCUGUUCCCAUAGAGCCUAUGGUCUAGUGAAAACAUAUGGGAGGAAGCAGGGGGAUCUCGUUGAGCCUGUGUAGCUCCCAGCCAGCCCCUUGUGGGAAGAGGGUUAAUCUACUGGUAAAAGUAGGUAACCUAGAGGUCUCACUCUGGUAUGAAGUUUUGGGAAGUGAAUCCUUACCAAGGUAUGCUGAGAGCAGAUUGCUGUUUUCUUGAUACUUAUGCACAUUUCCAUCUUUGUGUUACAGUUUGGUGAUUAAAUAUUCCUUGAGAAAAAAAACCCAAAGACCGUAAAAUGGCAUUCGAUUUUUGCCAUUUUAGUAAAUUAUUAAUGCCUACUUGAUGUUCAUAAAGAUGAAUCUAAUCAUGUAUAUUUCUGAACUUUGGUUUGCAGUCUAUUAUUUUCUAAAGAUUUUUACAUAUUAAUUUAGACCAAAAUUUACCAGUAGAAGAAAAAAAAGCAUUAGAAACCAUUAAUAUUGUCAACGUUAUGUGUGCUACCCUUGUAAAAAUAUUUUUAUCAAUCAUGUUGUUAUUCAAUAUGGUUAAUUUGCCUUAUGAAUGUUGACUCCAGUAGCCUAUUUUUCAAUAAUCUUUUUAUUUUAAAACAGAACAGUUAUUUUUUGACAGUAAGAUUGUUAAUUUUUAACACCAGUUGGUGGCACCAGAAACCUGAAAAUUUUUCAAAGCUGAACAAGAGAAAAUAAUUGAAAAAGUAUUUAUACAUCAAGAAUUUUCGGGAAAAUAAAUGAAAAAUAUAAUUGUAUAUUAAAGAUGUAUUUUUCCUCUGGAAUGGAAUUCUUUUUUAAAAUGCAAUACGGCUGUCCAUUUUGACUACAAUGAUGACACUCGUUUCUCUUCCAAAGUUCAUAUAUGUAGACAGAUAUAUAUAUAUAUGUAUGUGUGUGUGCAUUGUACAUAUAAUCUUUAAUUUGAUUACACUGUUCAUUUUGUAAAUAUGUUUCUGUAUAAAAUGAAGCUUUUCAAGAGAAUCCUAUGUAUAUAUUGUACUUAUUAAAUAGGUAAUGCCUGUUUACCAAGUCGUA